GAUGGAUGCUCUCUUCCGGUAUGUUUAAUGGGUGCCAUUGUUGCUCGAUAUCAGAAUGCUGUCUGGGCUCAUCCCAAAAGGUCUCCUCUUCACCCCCACCGCCGAGCCUGAAGCUAGAGGAAGAAAAAGACUCUCCUCAGCGGACCGCAAAUGUCAGACGCCAGUGAAGGUGACGCGUCAAAAAAAAAAGAGCAGUGAGCGAGCGAGUCAAGGUUAGCCGAUAUCAAACUCUUCGCAGACGGUAGGGAAUGUGGAGCGGCUGAGCGGCCCCCGCAGGCUGCUAUCACAUGACCCCGUCUGUUCCCCUCCAGCUGUGCAGGGAGGUCGUUACCUGGGCCUUGUACACGUACGAAGAUGAUAGCAACAAUUUGACGAUGGCGUCAUCAGGAGGUGGCGGGCUGGCAGAGAUCACGCUAACUUUUGACAGCGCCAGGAUUAUGUAUGGUUUCUGCAGCCUGAAGGAGCCCAACGCUGCCCUGCCACGAUACAUCCUCAUCAACUGGGUGGGCGAGGACGUGCCCGACGCCAGGAAGUGCGUCUGCGCCAGCCACGUGGCCACCAUUGCAGACUUCUUCCAGGGGGUGGCGGUCAUCAUCAACGCCAGCAGUCUGGACGACAUCGACCCGUCCGCCAUCGGACAACGUCUCACCAACGGGACGACGGUGGCGGCGAGUCCCGUCCUGAGUCGUCUGAAAACCCGAGAGGAGGAGCACGGAGACGUGAAGGGUACGGUGUACCAAAAGACCAACGCAGAGGUGGAGAUGAAGAAAAUCAAUCGAGAAGAGUUCUGGGAGCAGGCCAAGCGCGAAGAGGAGCUGAGGAAGGAGGAGGAGAGGAAGAAACUGGCCGAGGAACGUCAACGCUUCGAGGAGGAACGAAUGGCGCUGGAGAGGACGGAGCAGGAGAACCGAGAGAGGAGGUACCGCGAGCGAGAGAGGCAGAUCGAAGAACACAGGAAGAAGAUACAGGAGGAAGAAGAGGCCAAAGACAGGUUGCAGGGUCAAACAACUUUACCCGCAGAGCUGAGCAUCGAUGACCUCAGCCUGGACAAGAAGGAGUCUGAAGUGGAGGUUCAGGAGGCGAAGGCCAUCAUCGCUCAGCGGCCCGGAAACCCCCGAGAGUUCUUCAAGCAGAAGGAGCGCGCCAUGACCAUCAGCGUCGACACCUCACCCGUCACCGUCCAUCGGGCCGGGGAAAACGAGGAGCAAGCGAACAUGGAGCGCAACGUGGCCACGGUGUCGCCCAUUCCCAAAAUCGUCACCACGCCCAUCAAGGAGGACGCCAACCUGGAGCAGGAUUGCGCGUUUGACUGGGAGCCGAAGCAGGAGCAGAAAGCGCCAGUCCAGGAGACCUCUGCCACAUCCAAGCCCGUGCAGAGCGUGGCCCCCCAGGCCCGCGAGCCCUCCGCCUUCGCCACAUGGGAUCCCGCCACCGACGACCUGGUGGACAUGUGGGACGCGGCCCCCCCGGCCACCGCCGCCGAGCCCCCCCGCGCCUCCUCCGAUCUGUUGGACCUGAUGGGAGACUCGCCUCCCGCCGACCUCGCCGACGGCGGCGUUCGCUCCCAGCCGCUCCUCAGCUUCGACGACGCGACGGAUUUGCGGUCGGCGGCCGAGGACGACCCCGCCAGCUUGGUGGCAGUUGACGACUCGGAGCAGAUGACGCUCAGCUACCAGCAUGCAUUGCAGCACGCCGCCGGGGACGGACAGAUGCUCAUGACCAACGGGGAGAUGCUGAUCAAGGAAGCGACUCAGGCAAGUGAGGGAUACUUCAGCCAAUCACAGGAGGAGGAUUUCGGCCAAUCGGAGGAGGGCUCGGCAAAACCCACGCCCGUCCUUUAUAACAAGCCACCAGAGAUCGACAUCACGUGCUGGGACGCGGACCCCGUGGUGGACGACGACGACGACGACUAGCCAGCGGGCCCGGCGGACGGCGGGAGGCCGAAAACGAGGAAGUGCGAUUCGUAAAGAAACCUGUUUUUUUUUUUCUACGAAAAAAAAAAAUACGAGAAAAAAAAAAUAUAAAAAUACAAAGAAACAAACAAAAAAAGUCUGAAUUGAAAACGACUUAUCUUUUUUGAGGAAAAAUUAAUAACGGUAGCUGAACAAGGGGGCGUUGCGCGACAAGGUUUUGUGUGUAUUUGUUACUUUAUUUAUUUGUUUUUUCCUUUUUUUUUUUCGGGCUAUGCCGAUGUAAUAACCGGGAUGUUAUUAAGAUAGCUGAGCGCUACGGAAAACCCGUUUGAGCAUUUAUUCAAUGUCCUUCAUCUCCAGCGUAAGAUCCGUGCACUAGUACACGUACUAGUCAUCACUAGUACGACAAAUCAGCACACUAGUAGAAUAGCCGUCUUACUGUUAAGGAGUUAUUUUACAUGAACUACCUUAACUUUUUUUUGUAUGACCUUUCUUCUACUAUUGCGCUAAAUUGUCCUACUAGCGAGGAGAAAGAGGAUACUAGUACAUGGACCUUACACAUGGAUGUCAAGGAUCCGCUUUUUGUCCUCUCUAGUUGAUCACCUUUGCCAUACUAGUAGUAGGACAAGCAAGCGACUGCGGAGCACAACUGUGCACUAGUUGACAAGUGCGUGCUAUUAGUACGACUAAUGACAUUUUAAACUUGUACUAGCGCUUCACUAUAAAACCGUUGGAGCAUUUAUUCGACACGGAAUAAAUUGCCUUUCUUCCCUUUUUGUGUUGCAUUCCCUUCAUCUUGUAUUUAGUCAGCCCAAAGGUGAAAUAUUCCAUUUAUUCAUCUCAUUGAAAGUUACAUUUUUCGUUUGUUUGAUUGAGCUGCGUCUGACUCAAUUGUGCAUUUUUUUAAAAAAAUGAUGUAUGUACGGUACAGACGCAGAAAAACAACACAAACAUCCAGAUGAUUCAAAAAUUCCAGGUUUUUAGAAGCUUUCGUCCAACAAGCAAAAGGGGGGAAAAAAAAUUGGUUUGGACAUUUUGAUUUGGAUUUUCACACGUUUGACUGCUUGAAAAAAAAAUAAAAAUAAAAUAGACGGUUUUGCGUACGUUUA